CCAGAUUCGUCUUUAAUGCCCAGGGUCUUCUUCAGCCUUUCUAGCUCUUUUUUACCGUACCGUUCUCGUUUUAUGGCCCUGCAUUUUCUCUUCCAUUUGCUUCUGAUACUUUUUGCCAUGUCGCACACUAGGUUAAAAAUGCAGAAAAACUGA